AUGAAACUACAACUGCAGCUCGCAAUUCCGCAGAAAUUGUACGCACAUCAGGUGCGUGACGACGAUCCAUCUAAACCCCAGCAUGUAAACUCAAGUCCAAGAAGAGUCGGGGAAGUCUUUUGUGGUGAUUUUUCACUGAUCAUCAAUGGCUCAACAAGCCAACAGGUGCAUUUACUCUCGGAUGUCUGAUGUAAAUCUGGCAAUGCACGUGACCCUGAAUCAUCGAAUUCUUACCUACGAAAUCCACCUGAAGAACAUACGCCACAAGGUGUUAUUUCAAAUAAAGGGUGCUAAUUAACUUGAAAAUAUAAAUUAUAUGUAUUUUCAGUCAUUCAAACUAUAAUUUUUACGAACAGAACCUGUUGAGCAAAACAUGCACAUAUACUUUGGCGUGUUUCAAGAUAUCAACAAUGACAACAUCCAUGAAGUGAAUUUACAAUCUGGUGAACAUGACUACUCCAGCGAUUUGAGUAACUCUUUGGAUGCAGACGGCCCAAAAUCAUCUAUCUUACGAAAUUUACCUGGAAUACUGCGAUUUCUAGUGCCACGGCAUGAGCGUCAAUCCAUAGGUAAAAGAAACUCGGGCGGGGCCGAUGGACUGUCAAUUGAAGAGCCUUCUUUUAUAAAGAAACAAGACACAUGUUUACCAUCUGCAAAAGCAACCAAAGAACAGGCAUGCGAUCGAAAUGAAGAGUUUUUUAAUUCGGCUGUAAGAUUACGCUCCAGACCACUUGAAAGCGAAGUCUUAUUUACUACAAACACCGCUAGUCCAUCAAAACAAAGCAACCAUCCAACCGUUAGCUCAAGCAAAGACACAACAUCUCGUUUGGCUGGAAUAUUUGGAGGCAACUGGGAAUUCAAAUUAUUCUUUUAUGCGGAAAAUGAAAUGCCAUAUAGCGUUCGAUGGGACAAUAUGACAGGUCGAGUUGACCUGACAGAUUUAAAAAAACAAAUUGGUUCGAAUGAAAAUAUUAAAUACGUGUGGGCGUAUAAAGUUCCACUUACUGAAAUUCAGAAAUCCCAACUCCUGUUACACCACAAGUUUGUUGUAUUCGAGACCGAACGAUGGUGGUGGUCCAUAGAAAAACAGAAAGAUGGCAUUAUUAUUCCGCGUAGCUGCAAAGCGGCGUCCGUCGAAGAUGCUUGCAGAAACGAAUGGCGCAAUAAGGGUAGAGCUCGUACGUCAUUUGGUGAUGGUACAAUGAGCGUGUAUGAACUGCUUGACUGGUUGAAUACGAAUGGAGAGCUGUAUAAGAAAUACAAUUGUUUCACAAACAACUGUCAACAUUUUGCCGGAGAUGUUUCCGAGAUAUUGACGACUGCAGAGAGGCACAAUACUUCCUCGUUAAUAAAAGAGGACGCACAGUCAAGAGUCGAUGAAGAUGAUGUCAUACCAGGUGGUGUUCCUCAUUUAAACAUCUUUACACAGGAAUGUGGCGGAAGCACUAGUUCACUUGAACGCCAUCCAAAGAGUAGCAAUAGCAGCAUAAUGGUCAAUGAGGUUUGUUCGAUGAGUGAUAGAAGAUGCGCCAUGACAGAGGAACUGUCGAUGGAGGAGCCUUGUUUUAUGAAUAAAGCAGCCUUGUCCGUACAGUCUGCAAAAAUGACCAACGAAGAAGAAACCAAACGCGAAAAUUAUGUGCACCAUCCGUCAUUGAAGCCCAUUGCUAUGGUGAAUGCAAUGGGAACAUGCAGUGAGCCAGAAAAUCAAGGCCUGACGCAAAACAGACAGCUAAUUUCUUAUCAAGUUGAUGUACAUAACAGUAGCAAACAUACACAUGCUGAAGGUACCUAUUUCAUUGCCAGCUGUGAUCAAGCAAUCUCAAAUGUCACUACUGAGGAUGAUAGUCAUGAUGAAAAUUAUGCACAUGUUGCGCAAUUUGGAUUUUCUGAUUUUUCUCGACGGCAUAAGUUUUGUACGAAAAUAAGUGUGCCAAAACAUAUUGUACCAGAAAACAUGGACAGUGUUGAUAGAGUUUGUCGUCGCAGUGAUGACGUUGCAUUUGAACAGGAAACAUCCCAAACAAAUCAGAACAUAGAGCAGUUAGAUUGAACAUGUAUAUUUCGCGGAACAGCGUGUGUUUUAAAGAGGAUUUUUUGUGCUUAGUGUGCGCUUUUGUGAUCACUCUACCUCUGGCGUCCGGCGUCAUGAGACCAACAGUCUGCGACGUAUAUGGUCGGUAUGCGUCGUAAAUGUUUAACUCUAGAGAUCAUAUAAUGUAUUUAAACCUUAAUCAAUCCUGAUCUAUGCCGAGUUUGAAAAUGGGGCAUUUGUGUCAAAAUCACUAGAUCACAAGGUCAAUUCAAGAAGAAAUAUUUAUUACAGAAUCUGGACGGAAGUGGUCGGAAUGUUUAUAUUAACAAUAGCUAUGUAGGAUCCAGGUGACUUCUUUCAAAAACAUGCACCAACAUGUCAAAUAAAGUCAUUUCAUCAACUCUUUGAGUAACAUUUUAGAAUCAAUCUUUAUGAAACUUGGACUGAAUGAUUAUUCUAAAAGUAUUCAGGCAAAUAUUAAAUCUGUUCUAUAUUCGUCCGAAAACUGUGUCAACAGCAGACAUCAUGCAACCACUCUGAAAGAAACAAUGACGAAUACAUGUUUAUAAACCUUGUGCAAUAUCUAAGCUAAGUGCAACUCUGUGUUAUAAGCGUCGACAAAACAGACAAUCAGGUUAAAUCUAAGACAAGUCAUGUAACCACUCUAGAAGCGUCAUUACCUAUUCACUCUGAAUGACACUUGGUCAGAAUGUUAACCUUGAAAAUUUCUAAGCCAUGAUAUAAAUUUUGGCCACGUUCGUAAGAAUACAUAACGGCAGAAAAUGGUGCACUACUGGUAUGUUUGUUUUUGUAUUGUGUAUAAUAUAUUAUGAAGUUAAUAAUUAUUAGUAUUUAUAUAACAAUGACAUAUUCAUAAAAUGUAUAAUGCGUUGAUGAAAAGCUUAUUUCAAUUUCUGAGCGGAAAGUUUAACAUAGUUUAUCAAGUCUAACUAUAUAUUGACCCGUUCUUAUAUAAAUACGUUUUGAUUAUGAUAACACAGGUAGAAUAAGUUAUUUUAGUACUCAUAAGUUUUUCUAUAUAUUGCUACCCCCAAGCUCAAUCCUUUUGUUAUAUCUGUUUGUUGAUGCUCAUCCAUGUUGUGGUAUACUUAUGUAUAGUAAAUAGAUACAAAUCCAUCCAAACGAGUGUUCAAUUUAUCAUGUAUUAUUGUGUAAAGUGUAGAUAAGUUAAAAUAUGCAAUUGCAUUUAAACUAUUAUUUCAACAAUCAUUAAUUAUGG